AUGGGUCAAGGAAAGCAGCAGGAUGAACAGCAGGAGCGCCUGCAGGCCCAUGUCUCCGGGCAGGCGAACAAGCCCAUGUCGGCGCCGGCCCAUGCCUUGGGCUACGCCGAUGUCGAGAAGGAGCUCCAAGUCGACCACAAAGUUGGACUGACACCCGAGGAGGCCGAGAAACGCCUGGAGAUCUACGGUCCCAACGAGUUUGGCGAGCAGCAGGGUGUCCAGCCGCUCAAGAUCUUCAUCGGGCAGAUUGCCAACGCCCUGAGUCUGGUCCUGAUCCUCGCCAUGGUCGCCUCGUUUGCCAUCAAGUCGUGGAUCGAAGGCGGCGUCAUCACCGCCGUCAUCGCGCUCAACAUUAUCGUCGGCUUCCUGCAGGAGUUCAAGGCGGCGCAAACCAUGGACUCGCUGCGCUCGCUUAGCUCGCCGACGGCGCAGGCCGUCCGCUCCGGCGCCAACCAGACCGUCGUCACAGCCGCCAUCGUGCCCGGCGACGUCGUCGAGCUCAGGACCGGCGACACGGUGCCCGCCGACGUGCGCCUCGUCGAGGCCGUCAACUUUGAGACCAACGAGGCCCUGCUCACCGGCGAGUCGCUGCCUGUCCGCAAGGAGACGGCCGCCACGUUUGCGCCGGAUACCGGGCCCGGCGACCGCCUCAACGUCGCGUACUCGUCGUCGACCGUCACCAAGGGACGCGCCGUCGGCGUCGUCUUCGCUACCGGCAUGUUUACCGAGAUUGGCCAGAUCGCCGUGGCGCUGCGCGGCAGGACCGCCCGGCGUAGGGAGCCCAAGAAGAGGCGCGAGGACGGCUCCGCGAGCCUCCACCGCUGGGUCGAGGCCUGGGGGCUGACGUUUUCCGACGCCGUCGGCCGCUUUCUCGGAGUGAAUGUCGGCACGCCCCUGCAGCGGAAGCUUUCCAAGCUGGCUCUCCUCCUUCUCGGUACCGCUAUUAUCUGCGCCAUCAUCGUGCUUGGCGCCAACAGCUUCAGCGACAGCCAAGAGGUCAUCAUCUACGCCGUCGCCACGGGCUUGUCUAUGAUUCCGGCGUCGCUCAUCGUCGUGCUCACCAUCACCAUGGCCGCGGGCACCAAGCGCAUGGUGCAGCGAAAUGUCAUUGUCCGCAACCUCAAGUCCCUCGAGGCCCUGGGCGCGGUUUCUAAUAUAUGUUCGGACAAGACUGGAACCCUCACGCAGGGUAACAUGAUUGUCAAGAAGGCCUGGAUCCCCGGCCGAGGCACCUUCUCGGUCGGCACGACCAGCGAGCCGUUCAACCCCACGGCCGGCACGGUCAGCCUGAAGCCCGAGCAGCCCAAAGAUAUUAACUUUGGCACUGAUGACUCUGAAGGUAACGCUGUCAAUACUGCUGCCCUUCCCGCCCAAGAUGCGACUCUCCGUGAAUACCUCAACGUGGCUUCCCUCGCCAACCUGGCCGCUGUGCAGCAGGUCGACGGCGAGUGGCAGGUGCGCGGUGACCCUACCGAGAUCGCCAUGCAGGUUUUUGCCUCGCGCUUUGACUGGAACCGACUCCGUCUUGCCCACGACGGCGACGAGGCCGAGUGGUCCGAGGUGGCCGAGUUUCCGUUUGACUCGGACGUGAAGAAGAUGUCGGUCAUCAUGGCGCACAAGCCGUCGGGCACGCAGCACCUCUUCACCAAGGGCGCCGUCGAGCGUGUGCUCGUCUCGUGCGCGCAGUACGUCGACAGCAGCGACGAGGUGCAAGUGCUCACCGACGACGUCCGGGACGACACGCUGCGCAACAUGGAAGCUCUCGCGCGUCUCGGCCUCCGCGUGCUCGCGCUCGCAAGCCGCACCGGCAUCCCGCACGUCAAGCACAACGAAGCCGAGCUCGCGCGCGGCGACUUUGAGCGGGACCUCGUCUUCCGCGGCCUCGUCGGGCUCUACGACCCGCCCCGGCCCGAGUCGGCGCCGUCGGUCCGCAAGUGCCACGAGGCGGGCAUCAGCGUGCACAUGCUGACGGGCGACCACCCAGCGACGGCGCGCGCCAUUGCGCUCGAGGUCGGCAUCCUGCCGGCGCGCAUGUCGCAGGUGGCGGCGGACGUGGCGCGCACCAUGGUCAUGGCGGCGUCCGACUUUGACAAGCUCACUGAUGAAGAGAUUGACAAGCUCCCCAUCCUGCCGCUCGUCGUGGCGCGCUGCGCGCCGCAGACAAAGGUGCGCAUGAUUGAGGCGCUGCACCGACGCCGGGCGUUUGUGGCCAUGACGGGUGACGGCGUCAACGACUCGCCCUCGCUGAAGCGCGCCGAUGUCGGCAUCGCCAUGGGCCGGGCCGGUUCCGACGUGGCCAAGGAGGCGUCCGACAUUGUGCUGACGGACGACAACUUUGCGUCGAUCCUCAACGCCGUCGAGGAGGGGCGCCGCAUGUUUGACAAUAUCCAAAAGUUCAUCCUGCACGUCCUGGCCGAGAACAUUGCGCAGGCGUGCACGCUCCUCAUCGGGCUCGCGUUCAAGGACUCGCGCGGCAUCUCUGUGUUCCCGCUCGCGCCGGUGCAGAUUCUCUGGAUCAUCAUGGUGACCUCUGGCAUGCCCGACAUGGGUCUCGGCUUCGAGACGGCGGCGCCCGACAUCAUGCAGCGGCCCCCCCAGAACCUGAAGCAGGGCGUCUUCGCGCCGGAGCUGCUCCUCGACAUGGCCGUCUACGGGCUCUGGAUGGCAGCGCUCUGUAUCUGCUCCUUCAUCGUGGUGCUGUACGGCUUCGGGCGCGGCGCGGCGGACCUGGGCGACGACUGCAACAACACGUACCACGAGAGCUGCCACGUCGUGUUCCGCGCGCGCGCGACGACGUUUGCCUGUCUGACGUGGUUUGCCCUCUUCCUCGCGUGGGAAAUGGUCAACCUGCGGCGCAGCUUCUUCCGCAUGCAGCCCAAGAGCGGGCGGCCCUACACGCAGUGGAUGCGCGAUGUCUGGCGCAACCAGUUUCUGUUCUGGUCCGUCGUGGGCGGCUUCGUCACCAUGUUUCCCAUCAUCUACAUUCCCGUCAUCAACACGGUCGUCUUCAAGCACGCGCCCAUUUCCUGGGAGUGGGCCGUCGUCUUUGUCGAGGCCGGCCUCUUCUUCCUCGGCAUCGAGGCGUGGAAGUGGGCGAAGCGCGUCUACUUUCGCCGCCAGGCGCGCAGGCAGACGACGGACCGCGUGGGCGAUUUGGAGGAGCGCGUCUUUGGACACUACUUCCGCACCAACACACAGAGCUCGGCCAGCGGCGACGAGGCGCUGGUUGAAAAGACGCAGAACAGCGCCGGAACGCAAUAA